CGUUGUGGGUCGCCUCGGCGGCGCGCGGCACGGCGGGAACAUGGCGCGCGGGAGCGGUGCGCGCGCCUAGCUGGCGGGACCGUUAGCUCGAGGCGGACGCGGCCCGGGCCCCGUGGGGAUGGAGCAGUCGCUGCCGCCAGCGUCCGAACCGACCCCAGGGUCGACCCCGGCUCGGGGCCGCAGACGGCGGGAGCCCGAGUCUCCGCCGGCGCCGGCGCCGAUUUCUCUUUUUGGUGCUAAGACUAUUGGCCGGAGAAGUCCUAAUGAACCAGUACUGAGCAAAGCUGAAUUUGUUGAGAAGGUUCGUCAGAGUAACCAGGCCUGUCACGAUGGAGAUUUCCACACGGCUAUUGUCCUGUACAAUGAAGCCCUGGCUGUUGACCCUCAGAACUGCAUCUUAUACAGCAAUAGAUCUGCAGCCUACAUGAAAAUCCAGCAGUAUGACAAGGCACUGGAUGACGCAAUCAAAGCCCGGCUUCUCAAUCCCAAAUGGCCAAAGGCAUACUUCCGACAGGGUGUUGCCCUCCAGUACCUCGGACGUCAUGCCGAUGCCCUGGCAGCCUUCGCAUCUGGACUGGCUCAAGACCCCAAGAGUCUCCAGCUUCUGGUGGGGAUGGUAGAAGCCGCCAUGAAAUCUCCCAUGAGAGACUCCCUGGAACCCACUUAUCAGCAGCUUCAGAAAAUGAAACUGGACAAGAGUCCCUUUGUGGUCGUGUCUGUGGUUGGGCAGGAACUCCUGACGGCUGGCCAUCAUGGGGCCUCUGUGGUUGUCUUAGAAGCUGCUCUGAAGAUUGGCACCUGCAGCCUCAAACUGAGGGGCUCUGUUUUCUCUGCCCUGAGCAGUGCUUACUGGUCUCUCGGGAACACAGAGAAGAGCACUGGAUACAUGCAGCAGGACUUGGACGUAGCCAAGACCUUAGGUGACCAGACAGGAGAAUGCCGAGCUCAUGGGAAUCUGGGCUCUGCAUUCUUCUCCAAAGGAAACUACCGGGAGGCUCUCACCAACCAUAGGCAUCAGUUGGUGCUCGCCAUGAAACUCAAGGAUCGGGAGGCAGCUUCUUCAGCCCUGAGCAGCCUGGGCCACGUGUACACGGCCAUCGGAGACUAUCCCAACGCACUGGCCAGUCACAAACAGUGUGUUCUCCUCGCCAAGCAAUCCAAAGACGAGCUUUCCGAAGCCCGAGAACUUGGCAACAUGGGAGCUGUGUACAUUGCCAUGGGUGACUUUGAGAACGCCGUGCAGUGCCACGAACAGCACCUGAAGAUAGCCAAGGAACUGGGGAACAAGCGAGAAGAAGCCCGGGCCUACAGCAACCUGGGCAGCGCCUACCAUUACCGGAGGAACUUUGACAAGGCCAUGUCCUACCACAACUAUGUGCUGGAGCUGGCCCAGGAGCUGAUGGAGAAGGCCAUCGAGAUGCGGGCCUACGCCGGCCUGGGCCACGCCGCCAGGUGCAUGCAGGAUCUGGAGAGAGCAAAACAGUACCAUGAGCAGCAGCUGGGCAUAGCUGAGGACCUCAAGGAUCGGGCUGCGGAGGGGCGUGCCUCCUCUAACCUAGGAAUCAUACACCAGAUGAAAGGCGAUUACGACACUGCACUGAAACUGCACAAGACACACCUGUGCAUCGCCCAGGAGCUGAGCGAUUACGCCGCCCAGGGCCGCGCCUACGGGAACAUGGGCAACGCCUACAACGCGCUGGGCAUGUAUGACCAGGCCGUCAAGUACCACCGGCAGGAGCUGCAGAUCUCCAUGGAGGUGAACGACCGCGCCUCCCAGGCUUCCACGCAUGGGAACCUUGCUGUGGCCUACCAGGCCCUGGGUGCCCACGACCGGGCCCUGCAGCACUAUCAGAACCACCUGAACAUCGCCCGGGAGCUGAGAGACAUCCAGAGCGAGGCCCGGGCCCUCAGCAACCUGGGCAACUUCCACUGCUCCCGAGGAGAGUAUGUCCAGGCUGCCCCCUACUACGAACAGUACCUCCGGCUUGCUCCUGACCUUCAGGACAUGGAAGGAGAAGGGAAGGUCUGCCACAAUCUUGGCUAUGCCCAUUACUGCCUUGGAAAUUACCAGGAGGCGGUGAAGUACUACGAGCAGGAUCUGGCGUUGGCCAAAGACCUUCACGACAAAUUGAGCCAGGCGAAAGCCUACUGCAACUUGGGCCUUGCGUUCAAGGCUCUGCUGAAUUUCAGCAAAGCUGAAGAGUGUCAGAAGUACCUGCUGUCCCUAGCCCAGUCCCUGAAUAAUUCCCAGGCUAAAUUCCGAGCCCUAGGGAACCUGGGUGAUAUAUUCAUCUGUAAAAAAGAUAUAAAUGGUGCAAUAAAAUUCUAUGAGCAGCAGCUAGGUUUAGCCCAUCACGUAAAGGACAGAAGACUAGAGGCCAGUGCAUAUGCCGCCCUGGGCACUGCAUACCGGAUGAUCCAGAAGUAUGACAAGGCCCUGGGUUAUCACACCCAGGAGCUGGAGGUGUACCAGGAGCUGAGCGACCUGCCGGGGGAGUGCAGAGCUCAUGGGCACCUGGCUGCUGUCUACAUGGCCCUCGGGAAGUACACGAUGGCCUUCAAGUGUUACGAAGAGCAGCUGGACCUGGGGCAGAAGCUGAAGGAUCCCAGCCUAGAGGCCCAGGUCUACGGCAACAUGGGCAUCACCAAGAUGAACAUGAACGUGAUGGAAGAAGCCAUCGGCUACUUUGAGCAGCAGUUGGCCAUGCUGCAGCAGCUCAGUGGAAACGAGUCAGUGCUUGACCGAGGCCGGGCCUAUGGCAACCUGGGGGAUUGCUACGAGGCCCUGGGUGACUACGAGGAAGCCAUCAAGUACUACGAGCAGUAUUUAUCUGUGGCCCAGAGUCUGAAUCGCAUGCAAGACCAAGCCAAGGCUUACCGGGGGCUAGGGAACGGACACAGGGCGAUGGGGAGCUUGCAGCAAGCCCUCGUGUGCUUUGAAAAGAGGCUCGUGGUGGCCCACGAGCUCGGGGAGGCCUUCAAUAAAGCCCAGGCCUAUGGCGAGCUGGGAAGUCUGCACAGCCAGUUAGGGAAUUACGAACAGGCCAUCUCCUGCCUUGAGCGCCAGCUCAACAUCGCUCGAGAGAUGAAAGACCGAGCCCUGGAGAGCGAUGCGGCCUGUGGCCUGGGGGGCGUCUACCAGCAGAUGGGGGAGUACGACACGGCCCUGCAGUACCACCAGCUCGACCUGCAGAUCGCAGAGGAAACCAACAACCCCACGUGCCAGGGCCGAGCCUACGGGAACCUGGGCCUGACCUACGAGUCCCUGGGCACCUUCGAGAGGGCAGUGGUCUAUCAGGAGCAGCACUUGAGCAUUGCUGCACAGAUGAACGACUUGGUGGCCAAGACAGUGUCCUACAGUAGCCUCGGAAGGACCCACCAUGCCUUGCAGAACUACUCCCAGGCCGUCAUGUACUUACAGGAAGGUUUAAGGUUAGCUGAGCAACUGGGCCGAAGAGAAGAUGAGGCAAAAAUUCGCCAUGGUCUUGGCCUCUCCCUUUGGGCUAGUGGAAACCUGGAGGAGGCCCAACACCAGCUCUACCGGGCGUCAGCCUUGUUCGAAACCAUCCGGCACGAGGCGCAGCUGAGCACGGACUACAAGCUCUCGCUCUUUGACCUGCAGACGUCCUCCUACCAGGCCUUGCAGCGGGUGCUCGUCAGCCUUGGCCACCAUGAUGAAGCCCUGGCCGUGGCGGAAAGAGGUCGGACAAGGGCAUUUGCUGAUCUUCUGGUGGAACGACAAACAGGACAGCAGGACUCGGACCCCUACUCACCGGUCACCAUCGAUCAGAUCUUAGAGAUGGUCAAUGGCCAGAGGGGACUGGUGCUUUACUACUCCCUGGCGGCAGGCUACCUCUACAGCUGGCUGCUGGCUCCGGGGGCAGGAAUUCUGAAGUUCCACGAACACUACCUGGGUGACAGCACAGUGGAAAGCUCUAGCGACUUCCAGGCCGGCAGCAGUGCCACACUCCCCACAGCAACCAGCUCGGCCCUGGAGCAGCACAUCGCCAGCGUCCGCGAGGCCCUGGGGGUGGAGUCCUACUACUCGAGAGCCUGCGCCAACAGCGAGACAGAGAGUGAAGCUGGCGACGUCAUGGACCAGCAAUUUGAAGAGAUGAACAAUAAGCUCAACUCGGUCACCGACCCCACCGGCUUUCUGCGGAUGGUUCGCCGCAAUAACCUGGUGAACAGGAGCUGCCAGAGCAUGACGAGCCUGUUCAGCAACACCAUGUCGCCCAUCAAGGACGGGACCUCCUCUCUGCCCAGGAGGCAGAGCUCCUUCUCCAAGCCCCCGCUCCGCGCCCUCUACGACCUGCUCAUCGCGCCCAUGGAAGGGGCGGCCGUGGCCUUGGCCCCUGCCCGGCGGUCAGCCCGCGGUGCUUCCCUGCAGGGCCUGAUGCACUCCAGCGGCCCCGUGGGCCGGCACCGGCAGCUGGUCCUGGUCCUGGAGGGCGAGCUCUACCUCAUCCCCUUCGCCCUGCUCAAGGGCAGCUCCUCCAACGAGUACCUGCACGAGCGCUUCGCCCUCAUCGCCGUGCCCGCCAUCCGCUCGCUCGGCCCGCACACCAAGUCUCACCUGAGGAAGACCCCGCCCGCGUACCCCAGCUCGGCGUCCAUGGCGGCUGUCGUCGGCAACCCCAAGCUCCCGUCAGCAGUGAUGGACAGGUGGCUGUGGGGGCCCAUGCCGUCGGCCGAGGAGGAGGCCUACAUGGUGUCGGAGCUGCUGGGCUGCCAGCCCCUGGUGGGCAGCGUGGCCACCAAGGAGAGGGUCAUGAGUGCGCUGACCCAGGCCGAGUGCGUCCACUUUGCCACCCACAUCUCGUGGAAACUGUCGGCCCUGGUCCUCACGCCCAGCGCGGACGGCAACCCUGCUGGCAGCAAGAGCUCCUUCGGCCACCCCUACACGAUCCCCGAGUCCCUGCGGGUGCAGGACGACGCGAGCGACGGGGAGAGCCUCUCGGACUGCCCGCCCCUGCGGGAGCUGCUGCUCACGGCCGCCGACCUGCUGGACCUGCGGCUGCCCGUGAAGCUGGUGGUGCUGGGCUCCUCGCAGGAGGCCAACAGUAGGGUCACGGCCGACGGGGUGGUGGCACUGACGCGGGCCUUCCUGGCGGCCGGCGCGCAGUGUGUGCUGGUGGCGCUGUGGCCAGUGCCCGUGGCGGCUUCCAAGAUGUUCACGCACGCCUUCUACUCCUCGCUGCUCAACGGGCUCAAGGCCAGCGCGGCGCUGGGCGAGGCCAUGAAGGCCGUGCAGAGCAGCAAGGCCUUCGCGCACCCCUCCAACUGGGCAGGGUUCACGCUCAUCGGGAGUGACGUCAAGCUGAACAGCCCCUCCUCGCUCAUCGGCCAGGCCCUCACGGAGAUCCUGCAGCACCCGGAGCGCGCCCGCGACGCCCUGCGUGUGCUGCUGCACCUGGUGGAGAAGUCCCUGCAGCGCAUCCAGAACGGGCAGCGCAACGCCAUGUACACCUCGCAGCAGAGCGUGGAAAACAAAGUGGGCGGCAUCCCCGGCUGGCAGGCCCUCCUCACCGCCGUGGGCUUCCGGCUGGACCCCCCGGCCAGUGGCCUCCCGGCAGCGGUCUUCUUCCCAACCUCCGACCCGGGCGACCGGCUCCAGCAGUGCAGCAGCACCCUCCAGUCCCUGCUGGGUCUGCCCAACCCCGCCCUCCAGGCCCUCUGCAAACUCAUCACCGCCUCGGAGACGGGCGAGCAGCUCAUCAGCCGGGCUGUUAAAAAUAUGGUGGGAAUGGUGAGUACGACUUUAAGUAGCAGCUGUCCUCAGCUCCACCAGGUGCUGGUGCAGCUCCAGGCCGGCGAGAAGGAGCAGGACUUCGCAUCAGUCCCCAUCCAGGUGUCCAUCAGCGUCCAGCUGUGGCGGCUCCCCGGAUGCCACGAGUUCCUGGCCGCGCUCGGGUUCGACCUCUGCGAGGUUGGGCAGGAGGAAGUCAUCCUCAAGACCGGGAAGCAGGCCAGCCGGCGCACCGUGCACUUCGCCCUGCAGUCGCUGCUGUCCCUCUUCGAUUCCACCGAGCUCCCCAAGCGCCUCAGCCUCGACAGUUCGUCCUCCCUGGAGUCUCUGGCCUCGGCUCAGUCGGUCUCCAACGCCCUGCCCUUGGGCGGCCAGCACCCGCCCUUCUCCCCCACGGGGGCGGACAGCAUGGCCUCGGACGCCAUCUCCGUGUACAGCCUGAGCUCCAUCGCCUCCUCCAUGAGCUUCGUCUCCAGGCCCGAGUGCGGCUCCGAGGGCGGAGGCCCCCGGGGACGGCAGGACUACGACAGGCCCAAGAACGCCUACCCGCAGCGGGCCACCCUGCCGCGCAGCCAGCUGUCCCCCCAGGCGCGCGCGGCGGGCGCCAAGGACGAGGAGGAGUACGAGGGCUUCUCCAUCAUCAGCACCGAGCCCCUGGCCGCCUUCCCCGAGGGCGCCGCGCGCUUCUCCCCCGACCCCAAGCAGCCCCGCGGGGGCGCCGCUGCGGGGCCCAAGGUCUCGGUCAGCUCCAAGGGCAGCGUGAGCACCCCCAAUUCUCCCGUGAAGAUGACGCUGAUCCCCAGCCCCAACUCGCCCUUCCAGAAGGUCGGGAAGCUGGCGAGCUCGGACACCGGCGAGUCGGACCAGUCCAGCACCGAAACGGACAGCACCGUGAAGUCCCAGGAGGACGGCAGCCCCAAGCUGGAUCCCCAGGAGCUGGCCCAGAAGAUUCUGGAAGAGACGCAGAGUCACCUCAUGGCGGUGGAACGCCUCCAGAGGAGCGGCGGCCAGGGGGGCCCGGGGAACCCCCGGGAAGACAGUGCGCCAGGGCCACCCAGCGCCCCGGUCUUCAGAGCGUCAGAAACCAGCGCCUUCAGCAGGCCGGUCCUCUCCCACCAGAAGAGCCAGCCGUCGCCCGUCACCAGCAAACCAAAGCCCCCGGCCAGGAGCUCGUCGCUGCCCAAGGUGAGCUCCGGGUACAGCAGCCCCACCUCCCCGAGCCAGCACAGCGGCCGCCCGUCCCCCUGCGACUCCCAGGCCUCCCUGUCGGACCAGCCGCUCUUCAAACUCAAGUACCCCAGCUCCCCCUACAGCGCCCACAUUUCCAGGUCGCCACGGAACAUGUCCCCGAGCUCAGGCCAGCAGUCCCCCGCGGGCAGCGCGCCCUCCCCCGCGCUCUCCUACUCCUCGGCCGGCUCCGCGCGCUCCAGCCCCGCCGACGCCCCCGACCUGGACAAGCUGAAGCUGGCGGCCAUCGACGAGAAGGUGCAGGCCGUGCACAACCUGAAGAUGUUCUGGCAGAGCGCGCCCCAGCACCCCGCGGGGCCCAGGAAGAUAUUCCGGGGGGCGCCCGGGACCAUGACCUCCAAAAGAGACGUUCUCAGCCUACUAAACCUGUCGCCUCGGCACAACAAGAAGGAGGACGGGGCGGACAAGCUGGAACUGAAGGAGCUGUCCCUCCAGCCUCGCGACGAGGCGUCCCACAGAGCGCCCCCCAACGGCCACUGGCGCCCCGAGACCACAGCGCUGGGCGCGCCGCCCACGGGCCCCCCCAUGGCAGCACCCACACGCCCCCUGAGACUUCCUUCAGCAAACGGCUACAAGUUCCUGUCCCCGGGAAGGUUUUUUCCGUCUUCCAAGUGCUAGAGCGUCUUUCCGUCCACUGACUGAGCGAAGCAGCAGUCGGGUCUCGGUCGCGGGCCCUUCCCGCACCUGAAUGCAGCCACCCCGCACGCCAGCCGCCAGCAGCGCCUCCGGAGGGGUGGGCUCUGGGUGGGGCACGGCCACGCCCUCGUGGGGCACGGCCACGCCCUCGUGCCGCCGCUGUGGGUCAGCACCCGGCUCAUGCAGUGUCUACACACGUCACCAAAUGUUUACCUGUGAACUCCCUGCUACUCAUCUUUGAUGUGAUUCUUUGACAGGAUUUUGUACAAAAAUGGUCAUGAUUCUUGGGGGGGAGCACAUAUUUUGCCAAGAGGCCUAUAUGCAGUACCUUUUAUACACAGAAAUACAGACAGCUUUUGUAAGGCUUUCAGGUGCUGGUGGGGUGGGAUUUAUAAAAUCUAAGUCGAUUUCUCCAUGAAAGUGUCAUAGUCGCCAAAAACAGAAUCAUGGUCUUAAGAAUGCCCGUGUCUCCCGCUGCUGCAGCCUGGUCUGGCGCCGCAGCGCCGUCCCGGCAACACGCAAUAAUCCCUGUCUGAACAGCGCUUCCACCUGAGCUCGGCGCCCUCCGCCCCUCUGUCAGCCAAACUUGAAUUUUCUUAAAACAUUUAUGUAACUCUUAUCCAGGCAUUUUAGAACUAUGCAAUUGUGAUUUUAAAAAAUGCAACUUUGUGCUUUUAAAACAUUACUGACCUUUUUUGUACAUGGAUAAACAACUUGGUUUUGUUAUCAAUAGUACUUUGCAUUUAUAGCUAUUAUUUUUAAAAACUCAAAAAGUUUUUUAAAAUGCCAAAUUUUGAAUAGUCAUCCAUAAGCAAUGAUCAAGUUUUGGGGAAAAGGGUUGAAAGUAUUCAGUUUCCUUAUUUAGAAAAAAAGAAAAAAGGAAAAAAAUACCUAACAAAACCAAACCCUGGCUAGCCAAACGGAACCAGCCCCUCCUUCCAGCUCGCUGCCUUUGAGAGCCGCUCCUUGUCCUCCCCACUCCAGCCCCACACCCCUCUUCCCACACCCGGGCCCCUGUCCCUGUGAGCUGCCUGGCCUGCUCCUGAAGCCUGGUGUCCAUGAGCGCAGGGCCCAGGUCUGAACCGUUGCUUGAACAAACAGGAAGUCGCCAUUUAUCAGGGACCACAGGCGCACCUCCCCGCACAGCCCCCGGGACACUUAGGCCUCCACUGGCUGGGCGCAUCAAGGGAAUGGCCGCCCCGGCGUGGCCUCUAAUUUAUUUUCAUGUAGAAAUGAAGCGGUAGAAUCAUCUAGCACUAAAUCAGCUGGAGGAUUCGGAAGUAUCAAAAAGAUACUUAUUUAAAGUCAAAACCCUCCCUCCCUUGCUGUGAGGGUCCGCCAUGUAAAGGUGUGCAGCCACCAGCCAGGGACAGCAGCAGCGGCAGCACACGGAGGGGACGCAGGGCCUGCAGGAGGGGCAGGACAGCAGGACCCCGCUGCAGCGGUAGCCAGGGUAGGGUCUCGCUGUACCAGCACGGCUGGCCCCUUCCCUGCUCCUCAGUGUUCUUCUCUGAGGGGACAAGGACGUUUCCCCACUGGGUGGCUCUCAAGAGCACAUCGUGUCGGACCUUGCACUUCCCAGCAGACCAGGCUGCCCUGGCCUGGCCCUGACUCCCGCCCCGGGUAGAAAUCCUUCAUGAAGCCGAGAGCCCUCUCAAGAUGUCACGUUGGCAGGGACCAUGGUAAGAGAAGCACCAGUGCAGAUGACAGCAAGUGACAGCGCUGUGCCUGUCAGGGCCUCGGUGACCAAGGACACACCUCAGACAACCCCUCACACCUCUGACGCGCGCCCUCCUCAGCGAGCCUCCGCAGUCUCCUGGCCAAGCGCCCUGAGCCCUGGAGCAGAGUCCCGGGUUCCGUGCCCACUGUCCCUCCCAGCCCUGGAGGACGCCUCCUCUCAGACCACUUCCUGUGGCCACCCAGCUGGGAGGACUCGGGACCCACCCUCUUCCAGCCCUAAGCACGCUGUGGUUUCAGGUUCCCUACAAGAGCGCGAUUGGUACCCGGGACGAUUCUGCCUGGCCUAGACGUAAGUUUUAGUGGCAGGAAAACAAGGUGGAUAGAGUAGAGGCCGGGUCUCCCCAGCAGGCGCCGCCUCCCGAAGUCCAGUCUAGCGGGAAGCGCGUGCGCAGAUCACACCACCAGGGGGCCUAGUUCAGGCUACUCUGAAAGAAGUAUGUGCUUAAACCUGCGGGAACGAUGUGACACUCAGGCUUCUCCGCAGGCGCAGGAGUGGCAGUCGUGACCUGCAGACUGAACCCGGCAAGUCCGAUUCCUGGGGGUUGGGGACAGGCGCUGAGUGGCUUCGCCCCUUAAAUCGUUACAUAAGUACCUACACGAUAUUCUGGGCCUCGAAGCCUCAGAUAGUCUAAUACUGGUGUUUUAAGAGAAAGUCUGCAAGUCCUGGUCUAGGCGACAGGAAUAAAACGGUUGGAUCGUUUGUUUCCACAACCCAGGAAGAGGGUCAGGAAGCAGGACUGCGGGGGACAGCUGUGGGGGGACUCGGGUGUGUGAGAUUUGCAAAAGCACCUACUGUCCAUCUGGGAGGCGCUGCAGGUGCUUUAGCUCAGGAAACCGAACGCCCACCCGACUCCAGCCCUCAGAUCAAACACUGACCGCAGCAGUAAGACCCCCUCUCGUAGAGACCCCAGAAGGACCACAGAGAAAGGUGGACGCCCUCUCAGCUCCCACCAGGGAACUCAGCUGCUCUGGCGACUCUUAACCGGGGCAAAGCGUCAAGGGGAAUGCGCACUAAACCUGCCCUUCCACCCGCCCAGGUGAGCACCAAGGCAGCCGGUCCUCAAGUCCACCCGGGUCUAGAGGCCAGCAGUCCCCUGCUCCCAGGCCAGGGGCUGCCCUCCUCUGCCCCAAGGACCCUUGGGUGAGUGCCAAGCAAGUCCCCGUUCCUGCCUCCCAGCCACACACCCCAGGCCCCUAGGAGAACUGUCCCUUCGCUAGUCUCGGUUCAGGUUGCAGGAAUCCCAUGCAAUAAUCUGCGUUGCUUUCGCAAGCAGGCAACGGCAAAAACUGCGCGAGCUCAGGAGGGUCUGUCCACCGAGACCCUCGUGCAUGGGGCCACGGCGCCCCCCUCUUGGCAUUCCCGCUCUUACAUCUCCUUACAUGCAGUGUUAGCCAUCUUUGGCCUCCGUGGACUUUUUUUGUAAAUGACACAGUUUCCAGAUAGCAUUAAACUUUUUAUAUUAUGAAAUUUGCCAUGUAAGAAGAACUUGAUAUUUUUAUGGAGACUGCUAAGGCACUUGGCCUUCUCCUUUGUGAUUUCGGUGUCUAUUAAAGCAUGCGUUCCCUCGGUUUU